UCGGAUUCACCACCGGAGGGACGUCCCGCAUUCACUACUCGGACCGCGCUGUGCUCUCAGAAAACCGUCGUUCAUCUCGAUAAAAGCCAAAACAGUUUCCCCUUUGUUUACGUCUUGUUUACAAUGUGAAGAAAAUGGCCGCGACGAGCUCUGAUUGGGUGGAGAUCCUGGAGCCACGCUCCCAUGAACGUAUGUAUGUGAACUUGACCACUGGUGAGUGCGGCUGGGAUCCCCCUCCAGGUGUUCCUGUCCGCCAGGCUGACGGUAACCAGUGGUGGGAGCUGUUCGACCCCCACAGUAGUCGCUUCUACUAUUACAACUCUACUGAGCGCCGCACAGUCUGGCAUCGACCCCAGGGAGCCGAUAUUGUGCCCCUUUCUCAACUCCAGGCCAUGAAACGAUGCAGCGAGGCCAAGCGGGCUGGAGGGGCCACAGACGGGCAUCACCAUGGGACCGCGGGGAGUAUCAGCAGUGUAGGGAGUCAGGGGCGCUGUACCCCUCUUGAGCAAGACAGUGACAGCCCUGUCCCCAGAGCACUGGAGACCGGUAGAGAGGCUGCCAACCCCGAGCUGGACCCACCCCUGGACAACAGAUUGCAGGGAGAGGGAAGCAGCAGCGAGCACAGCACAGAUGGCAGCAAGGAGUUUCAGAGGGAUGCUUCUCAGAGAUGGCAGCCUGUACCUGGUUCUAAGGCAGCCAUGAAAUAAAACAGUGUGAGCCGUAGCCGGCCCAGCCCAGCCUUGCAGCAGCAGCAGCAGCAGCAGCAGCAGCAGCAUCUACAGCACAGUGCACACAGCAAAGCCAGCACCUUCAGCCUGCACCCCUCCAGCAACAAUGCCCAAGGAGGACACUUAAGCUCCACCCAGGGAUAUAAAACUAACUCCUCUGGCAAAAUGGCAGCUGACACACAUCAGGCCCAUCACCUGAGAAAAGCCACUAAUUGCAGCUUUUGUUUAGUGACAUCAGGUAGUAGCCAUCCCAGUCCACUCCUUCACAGGUCACAGACCAGCACACCACGCCCUGUCUCUCCCCAGUAUGGUUGCACUGUCCCAAUCUAUGAUGAGCCAGUUUCAGACUAUCCCAUAUAUGAUGAACCCCCAAUAGACAUGGAGGUAGAGGGGGCACACCUGUAUAAUGGGCAGCCACUGUCUCGCCUGACACCUACCCACAGCCUCCAGAAGCCCAGACUCCACCCUAGUUCAUCUCAGCCAGGCUCCAGGCACAGGAGGAACCCUUCUGUCUCUGACUACAGCCCAGCUGGUCUGGAGUGUAUCAAGCACAUGGUCAACGUAGACCCCACACAAGGCUCACCUGUACCCACAUGUACCACUUCCCCUACCUCUAAGCAGGAUCCUGUCUUGAGCCAACCUCAGCCACAUCCCCAGCCCCAGGCCCACUCCCAGGCUCGAGGCCAGGUGAGGAACAGAGAGCAAGCGACCUCAGGCCCAAGUACACUGGACAAGAAACAAAGUUGGCGGGCCCUGGAGGCCACUGUGCAGCGUGCCAUGGAGGCACGGCACAGCAGACAGAGCAGCCAGGCCUCACAGGACUUCCCUACCUCGACCCCGCAGGCCACAGCAAACUAUCAAGACUCUGGUUACUCCACUGGCCCCUCCCCAAGUCUGAGAAGAAAGAGCAGGAGGAGGGUAGGAGCCGGUGGUGGUGCAGGAGGCAGGCCGGGAUCUGUAGGCAGCACCGGGGAGCUGUGUGCCCUCAACGAGAAGCUAAUGGCCGAGAUGAGGGAGGUGGUGAGUCGCUCCAACACCAUGAAGGAGGUGAGAGCGGGACUGGACACAGAGAGGACGCACAGAGGAGUAGGAGGGGUUUCAGCAGGCAGGUCGGCAUCACGGGAGGAUCUCACUGGGGUUCCCCGGCCAUUGAAUAGAGCAGGUAACCAUGGCAACCCUGCUCUGACCCCUUUGGAGAUACCAGGGAGGCAAAAAAGGACGUAUGAAAAGGUUGACACCUUGGAGAUGAGUGUGAACAGCCAAGCCAGCCUGUCCUCACCUGAGACCCCAGGACCGCCCUCUCAGGCAGGCACCCUAGAGCUGCAGGCUCAGUUGGAGAGCCAGAAGAAAGGCAUGGUGGAUGGACGCGCCGCUUCCUUGGGCCCUCACCACCAUGCCAGCCAUGACCACAGAGAGGGAGGUGAUGGGGCAGGAGGAAGAGCAGGAGUAUCAUCCUACCAGCCCUCCUACGCCACCUUGCAGCAUCCCCCACCUCCUGACAUGGGCAUGGAAGACUGGGCCAGCAAGCACCUCAACAUGCACACGCAAGGCUUGUUUCGGCGGCGCGUUUCCAUCGCCAACAUGCUCUCAUGGAACCGAGGAUCCAUUAAAAAGCCCAUGCUUGUUACCAGCAACCGAGCCAUCAGGAAGGAGGCCUGCGAGAUGUUCAAGCUGGUGCAGGCCUACAUGGGAGACAGGCCUUCGCGUUUGGACCGGCGUCACUCUGCCCUACUCAUCGUCACCAAGUGCUGGGACAUGCCAGGUCUGCGGGACGAGCUGUACGUGCAGCUGGUGAGGCAGACCACGGGCAACGCCACCCCCAGAAGCUUGGCAGCAGGCUGGGAGCUAAUGGCUGUCAGCUUGGCAUUCUUUGCCCCCUCACCGAAGUUCCGCUGCUACCUGGAGGGCUACAUCCAGAGACACACGGAGCCCACCAGCGACAAGAAAUUGACUCAGUUCAUAUUGGAACAGCAGGAUCUAAAGCUGAAGAAGAACUCAAAGUCCAGAAAGAAGCGAAAACAGAACACAGAGGAGGAAGAGGGCCUGCCUGUCAGCACAUAUGCCAAGUUCUGCCAUCGGAAACUGCAGAAGGUGGCGAUCACCGGAGGCAAAAAGGGGCUACGUAAACCCACCUUGGAGGAGAUUGACCACAGCAGGCGGGCCAUCGUCACCCCCUCCCUGUUUGGCAGUUCUCUGGAGGAGGUGAUGGAGAGGCAGAACGAGCUCUUCCCAGACAGGAAACUGCCAUGGGUGCAGGUUCAGCUUUCCCAGUAUGUUCUGGCCCUGGGCGGGGCUCAGACAGAGGGCAUCUUUAGAGUGCCUGGAGACAUUGAUGAAGUGAAUGCACUGAAGCUCCAAGUAGACCAGUGGAGGAUCCCAGAGAAUCUCUCAGACCCCAAUGUUCCUGCCUCUCUGAUGAAGCUGUGGUAUCGGGAGCUGGAGGAACCUCUCAUCCCCAUGAACUUCUACCAGCAGUGUGUCAGUAACUGUGACGACCCGGUGGCGGCCAUAACUGUGGUGCAGUCUCUGCCUGAGCUCGACAGGCUGGUGCUCUGCUACUUAAUCCACUUCCUGCAGGUGUUCGCUCAGCCGUCCAAUGUGGCUGUAACCAAGAUGGAUGUGAACAACCUGGCCAUGGUGAUGGCCCCAAACUGCCUCCGAUGCCAAUCCGACGAUCCACGGAUCAUCUUUGAGAACACGCGCAAGGAGAUGUCCUUCCUGAGAAUGCUCAUUGUUCACCUGGAUACCAGUUUCAUUGAAGGGGUUGUGUAGUCGCUGUAAACUACAAAGCCCACCUUAUGUGCUGGAUCAUCACUCCAGCAUCUCCACAUUUACAAUCAUGCAUAAACACUGUCUGUGUUCACACCACACUGGAACCUCUGGGGUUGGAAUUUUACACCUUGUACAAAACAAGGAGUGUGACAACAGCUUAGACUUUGAGCCAUUGUGCUCUCCUGCUUUCUUAAAGAGAGACAGUACACAUCAGCUCUCCUAGGUUUCACUGUGCUUUUUGAUACAAAAAACCACAGUGAUGGCUUUAAUGUGGUUCACUUUGACUGUGUUUGUAACCACUCCAUGUGAAAACAGAUUUACUCUUUCCUACUGAAUGAGUCUGAGUCUUACAGUAUUUACUUCAAUUGCACAAACAACUAGAGAAAGCAGUGUUGCUCCUCUCCUGGUUUUUUUUUUGUUUGUUUUUUUAUUUGGCGCUCUGGUUUCAUUCAAGUGUGUUUGUGUGCUUGUCAGUGUGAACGAAAGAUGCAGCUUUCUAAUAUCUUGUACAGAAAUUGAAAAUAUGAAAAGUCAAAGAACUCUUGUAAUUGUGUCUCAUCAGUAAGCUUGCCUGUGCUGUUUUGAGUAGUUGUUAUGAUCGACGGUGUCAUCCUAUUUCAUUUGACAUGACACAAGAAGCCCCACCACCACGACUGUUUUAGUCUACAGAGCCUUCAUUUCAAAGCGCAGACUGGAAGGACGUGAGGGAAGCUCUUUCUAAUGGAUGGUGGUGAUUUUCUAAGCAAAUAAACUUGUGGUAAUUACAGUUUGUCAUGGAGACGUGGGAGGCUUGUUAUUCAGCUCAGCUAUUUUGCUAUAAAAAGUUUUUCAGUUGGAAUUGUGUUCUCUUUUGUUUGUGCUCUAUAUGGGUUUUUGGCUCAGGUCUUAUGAUAAAACGGGUGUCAAACGUGAUAACUGUGCAUGGCCUCCCUUGCAGGGAUGAAAAUUUAAUUAAUCUACAACAAACCCAUGUGCUGAGAAUGGACCAUUGUCAACCGUCAAGCACUGUGGGGGUGUAGAUUAAGCAUUUGUGCCCCCUCUCAGGCUUGGCCAAUGUAAAUAGGUUAUACAUGUAAAUAGUAAUAACUCUGCUUAAGUGUAUUCUAAUGAUCCAGGUUAAGGGUGAAGAUAACUGUUGCUAUAAAGAGCAAUAAAAGGUGUUUUUGUAAUUAACUGUUUAUUUCUCUGCUGUAACUGCCUGUUGAACCUAGGACUGAUUUAAACCACUAUCCAUACGUGUAUUUGUGUUUACAUACCGUAUAUAAUAUGGAAUUACUGUCCAUAAUAAAGGUUUGUGGA